GUGUUGGUGUUGUUGUGAAUUUAUUUGAAGUAAAAUAACUUUUACCUUUAGUUUGGGGUUUCGACAGAAGAAUAUUAAAAUGAAAAUAACUAUAGUAAUAUUUCCAAUUUUAGCAUUUACUUUCUUAGAGUUUUGCUCAUGUACGUUAUCACCACCUUCGGAAAAGAAGGGACAAAAGGGGGUGAAAUCCCAGGAGGGUCCAAGAAAAUACAAUGUUUUGGAUCGAAAGUUAGUGGUUGAAAACCCCCCGGUCAAGGAUGUUAUUAAAUUCCAUUCCACGUAUCACCAAGACGUGACGACGCGCAACUUCAAUAAUCUUGUUUUGGGUUAUGUGACUCCGUGGAACAGCAAAGGUUAUGAUGUCGCCAAGACAUGGGGAAGAAAGUUCGCCUACAUUUCGCCGGUGUGGCUCCAGAUCCGGAGGCAGAGCGCCAACAUCUACAUCACAUCGGGUCUGCAUGACGUGGACCACGCAUGGAUGAAGAAUGUCAAGGAAAAGGGACCCAAAAUUUUACCCAGACUGCUAUUUGAAAACUGGCAGCCUUCCGACCUGAAGGCUUUCUUCAUGGAGCCGUCGGCCCAGACGGAGCAGAAGGCUUUCAUCAAGGAAGUGAAGAAGGUGUGCAAGCAGUGGAAGUUUGACGGUGUGGUGCUGGAGAUGCUGUCACAGAUUGGCAAAUACGUUGAUAAAUCUGUCAAGUUCAUUCAGCAGUUUGGACUUGAAAUGUCUGAAGAUGACUAUUCAACCAUCAUAGUGUACCCACCAUUCAGAGGUUACCCGACCGAUGAGUUCUUCAUCCAGGCCUUUGAUGAAAUAUAUCCUUAUGUCACUGCUGUUUCUGUGAUGACAUAUGAUUACUCCAGUCCCCAGAAACCAGGUCCAAAUGCACCAAUACACUGGAUGAAGUUGUGCAUAGAAAAGCUAAUAGAUGGCGACACAAACCCAGCGAAGCCGUCCAAAGUGUUGCUUGGGUUGAAUUUCUAUGGAAACUCCUACACUGCCAAUGGGGGCGGGCCCAUUGUGGGCACGGAAUACAUUGAACUUCUCAAGAAUGCCAAGACCAAUCAGGCUUUGCAGUAUAAUAAUAAUACUGCAGAGAAUUAUAUUGAAAUAAGGACAUCACAAGGUGCAAAGAAGGUAUUCUUUCCCACUCUAUAUUCUAUACAAAAACGACUGGAGCUAGCCAAAGAGUUUGGCACAGGAAUAGCUAUAUGGGAGCUAGGACAGGGCUUAGACUAUUUCUAUGAUCUCUUUUAAUGAACUCAAUUAUGUUAUGUUUGCAAUAAAAUAUAAAUUUUAUAUUUCGUUUUGCCUUGAGGGCCUAAUACAUAGUUUCUAGGAACGAUUUCGGAUAUAAAAGCUGGGAAAAUAGGUGUGAUUGACCAAGAAAGAUGUUAAUUGAAAUAAAACUUAUUGCACUCUUAUAAAUCAAUUAUAUAUUAUUCAUAAUCUCACCUGUCUACUACUACAAUUUACAAUAUAAUACAUAUUUUAACAGUCACUUGAUGUAUAAAAUAAAAAAACACGGAAGUUAACUAUUUUUCAGAAAAAACGUUGCCAAAAAGUUGUAAAAUAAAAUCAAUAACUUCGAUUA